UUAAAUUGGUAAGAAGAAAGGAAAACAAAUAUAGAGAAGAAGAUAUCCAGGAUGGCUGCAACUCCCAACAUUUACACCCAAAAGUUCCCAACAAUUACAACUCAAAAUUACAUAGCCUCCAAUAUAUCUUGUUUUAUAAGUUUCCGAAAACAGAGCAGAAAAUUGGUUUUAAUAGUUGGAAACUCCAGUAGCAGCGACACAGCCUCAGCAAUAGGCACAGAUGAAACCUCACCUGUUGAAAUUGCCCCUUCUAUUAUCUCUGCUCUUAAUGUUGAAAAAGCUCUUCUUGGCAUAGCAAUAACAGAUAUAGAUCACUAUGGAAUACUAGGACUUUCAAGAAAAUGUUCAUAUGCUGAGGUUCCAGUAGCGUACAAGAAAAAAGUUGAAGAAAUUAUGAAUGAGGGAUUGGUAGAAGAAGAGCUUAACAAGAAGCUUCAACUCCUAAAAGAAUCAUAUUCAAUUUUGUCAACACCAGAGGAGAGAAGGUUGUAUGAUUGGAGUUUGGUAAGGAGUGAAGCACCGGAUGAUUACAAAUGGCCAUUUGAGGUUGAUCCAACUCCGCCCUCUACGGGGACUCCUCCUCCUCAGGAGCCAGAAGAUGUGGAACCAACAAUAUUAGUGGGAUAUUUCUUUUUAGGUUGGUUUGUACUAGCUGCCGUGUUAUCAAUUGCCCUUAAUCUCUAGAAAGAAAAUUAUAUAUGUUUAUCAUAUAAUAAGAUAUUCAUUUUCGUGUAACAUAUAUACACUUAAACCUUCAAUUGUUGCAUUUUUAUGAAAUUCUAUGUAAAUUUACCUUUUU